GCGUCACGACGUCAGCUACUACGUACUGGGGGCAAAGGUCAAAUCAGUAAUGAAGAUUCCGCCACCGCAGCAGCAGCCUCACUCACUGUCGCACUUGUUUAUCUUUUAAGUGUAAAAUUAAGAUACGGGCGAGCUGGAAGGUGUCAUGGCACGUCUGGUAGCAGUUUGUAGGGAAGGGGAAGAGGACUACCCGUUCCUCUCCAGACAGAUCCCCCUGUACAUCGACGACACCCUGACUAUGGUGAUGGAAUUUUCUGACAGUGUCAUAGAUGUGGACAGCAAUGAAAUAAAUACAUCUCACUGGAAGCAAUUUUCUGAGUAUUACUCCAAGCUGAAGCAACAGGACCUGAACAUGGCCCUGAUGGUGACAUCCAGAGAGGUAUAUGGAGCAUUAUCCCAGCUGGUGCCAUGCGUGGGCUGCAGACGGAGUGUGGAGCGUCUCUUCUCGCAUUUAGUGGAAUCAGGGAACCCAGCUCUGGAGCCCCUCACAGUGAAACCCACAUGUCUGCUCUCUGUCACCAAAGCCUGUUUAUCAGACAUGAAGAAGCUCUACACCCUCUUCUAUGUCCAUGGGUCAAAGCUGAAUGACAUGAUUGAUGCUAUUCCAAAAAGUAAAAAGAACAAACGCUGCCAGUUGCACUCCUUGGACACACAUAAGCCUAAACCUCUGGGGGGGAGCUGGAUGGAUGUUUGGGAGCUCAUGUCCCAGGAGUGCAGGGAUGAAGUGGUCCUCAUUGACAGUGCUUGUCUUUUAGAGACUCUGGAGACGUAUUUGCGUAAACACAGGUUUUGCACUGACUGUAAGAAUAAAGUUCUGAGGGCAUAUAACAUCCUGGUGGGAGAGCUGGACUGCAGUAAAGAGAAGGGCUACUGUGCCGCCUUGUAUGAAGGGCUAUGCUGCUGCCCCCAUGAGCGCCACAUCCAUGUGUGCUGUGAGACUGACUUCAUCGCUCACCUCCUUGGCCGCGCAGAGCCAGAGUUUGCGGGAGGAUAUGAGCGCAGAGAGAGACAUGCCAAGACCAUUGAUAUCGCACAGGAAGAAGUCCUGACCUGUCUGGGUAUUCACCUGUAUGAGCGGCUGCACAGGAUCUGGCAGAAACUCCGAGCAGAGGAGCAGACCUGGCAGAUAUUGUUCCAUUUAGGAGUUGACGCACUUCGCAAAAGUUUUGAGAUGGCGGUAGAGAAGAUGCAGGGGAUCAGUCGGCUGGAGCAGUUUGUGGAGGAGCUGUCUGAGGAGGAGAGAGCCAAAGAGCUGAAGCAGGAGAAAAAAAGGCAAAAGAGAAAAAAUCGGAGGAAAAACAAGUGUGGCUUUGACAUGUCCGAACAGGAGGCAGACGACAAGGAGAAAACAGAUGAGGGAUCUCUUGAGUCUGUGGAGGGCACAUGCAAGGUCUGUGGCACCCAAGAUGAUGAGGAGGAGGAGGAGGUCGGGUGUGUGGAGACCACCACAAAUAGCAGCACUUCAUGUAACUGCCCAGACAAUGCCAAACAGAAUUUGUCCCCUCCCAGCAAUGGUAGUGACUGUGGCUACUCUUCAAGUAUGGAGGGCAGUGAGACAGGAUCACGAGAAGGUUCUGAUAUCGCCUGCUCCGAGGGAAUAUGCAACCAUGACGUAGCAGCAGGAGAUGACUCAAACACCCAUCACUGUGCUGAAGACAAAGAGGAGGAUGCAAUAGACAGCUGUGUGGACUGCUGGCCUCUCUCUGAGGAAAACUCUCAAUGCAAGAGUAAAAAGAAGAAAAAGAAGGGCAAGGGUUUAUGUAACAGUCAGGGACAUAAAGCUGAAGGUUACGCGUCAGAUGGGAACACCACAGGCCACAGUCCACCAACGCAUUCUUGCCGAACCAAAGAAAUCUUCUCCUCCUUGUGUGGCGAUAAACUUGCCAGCAUUGCACUACGGUUACCGUGGACAGCUCGUCAGAAGAACCUCAGUCUUAAUGGGAACCCUGCAGAAGUCAACAUCAGUCUGGUGGAACUUCUGGAUGACUCUGAAGCUGCUUCAGAUGAAGAGAACUGUCUGACACAGGAUGAAAUUCAGGCAUUUUUAGAAAGAAACCAGUCUUUCUACAACAACCGGCACCAGUACCGACAGCUUCUGAAAGAGAAAUUCACCAACUACUGUCGCUCCACCGAGCAGAGUAAAUCUGUCUGUGGAAAGUGGUUCGCCACCGCCAGUGUCAACUAACUGCAUUAACAACAUCCCUCCUGGGCAAAACACUCGUGACCACUGCUGCAACGUUUACUAAAGAUAAUGCUGAAGUACAUUCGGUGUAUGGUUCAGUCAUUUCUCCUUUUGAAAGUAAAUGUGAUUCUGACUUUCUGUUGCUCUCUAUCUCUCUCUUUUGCACUUGUAAAAAAACACUUUUUCAUCUCAUUUCUUGGCCACGUCCUCACCUGUGAUUGUUCUCUUUGACCAAGCUUAGCUACAUGUCGUUGGUCUUCUGUGGGGUCAUUGGGUAAGAGCACAGUGGAAUCAGUAAUCAAGCUUUGCAAGCUGUGACAUUAGGGAUACAUUUUAGGAGUCUUAUUUUAUGUAUUCUCGUUUUUUUCUAUUUUGUUUCCCUUUGGUGACACUUCAAUGUAGUGGUGAAGGUUGUACCAUUAAAUGUGUACAGAAAUUCUAAAUAUAGACAUUUUACAGAGAAUAAACAUCCAUUUGUAAUGAGAAUUUGGGUGGGUGUAAUGUCAAGAGCGCAAUGUGCAAAAUUUACUAAAUAAAGAGUAUUUAUUAAUAUGCA